AUCAUUCAUCUCUAGCAUUUGCUUCGGCGCGUAGUUUUUGUUUAACCGAUACAAGAUAACCAAAGUAUUCAGGUCAUUUGCUUGAGGAGAACGAUAUGGACUUUGACAAUGCGAAAGAGAACAUUCAGCCGCUGGCCAGUGGUCGCAACGUGAGCCUUCUGCAGGCUUCUCUCAGCCAGGACUCCGCCCACGGGCAGGAACUGCUGGCACAACGCAAGCAAAUGGAGGAGGAGGUGCGCACAUACACAGGCACGGAUCCUCUCGGGGCCUGGUACAAGUUCAUCUGCUGGAUCGAGCAGAGCUAUCCGGCGGGGGGCAGUGGCUCCGGUCUGCAGACUGUCCUUCACCAGUGCCUCACCAAAUUUGAAGACGACGAGCGCUACCGUCAGGACAAGCGGCUCAUUAAGCUUUUCAUCAAAUUCAUGGAGAAACAGAAGGACAAGAUCGAGUUUUAUCAGCAGAUGUACAACAACGGGAUCGGAACAAUGCUGGCAGAUUUCUACAUCGCUUGGGCCUACAGCUACGACCUGAGCGGCAACAUGCGCAAGGCCGACGAGAUCUUUCGCUUAGGUCUAGAGUGCCGCGCAGAGCCAUUAGAGGAUCUGAAGGAGGCCCACCAGCACUUCGGAUAUACGGUGGGCCAGCGCAUGCUCUAUAGCACUGGUGAAGAGGCCAACGCAGUUAACCAGGAACUUAACGAGCGACGGCUAGCGCUGCAAUCCCUUCAUGGUCGCCGGCAGCAGAUCUCUAACAGCAUCACCGUCGGCAGCAUCCGUACCGGAGCAGCAGUUAAAAGCGGCCUGCCAGGCGUGGUUCAGGUCGAGCCUUCAACCACCACCAGUAGGCGCAAUGUUGGUCGGAACGUUGAGGUGUUUAAUGACGAAAAUUCUGAAGGAAAUAUCCCGAUCUCUACGGAGACGGAGGUGAAGUCAAGCCUGCGAUCCAUUAUAGACUCGGCUUGCAGUCAGGAGAAUAUAAAAGAACCGGUGCCCUGGAAUAAGGCCAAUGCUAAACGCCACAAGCAUGGCAAAAUUUUCGGCAGUAACGCCUCGCCGGAUCUGGGCUUUGAUAUACACGUGGACGAACAAGCAAUGCCACCUAUUACAAACUACGAACGUCGUCUAGAUCAACCCUUUAGAUUUCCGACGAACUUUGUGGCCAAGAACAGGCCUCAGGAACCGUGGGUGACGCCAGUUACCAUUGAGGACGAGCCAAACGCAAGUGGACUUCCUUGCUAUAACAAGUGUCUCCUUUACCCUCGCCCCAACGUCGAGUUCUCGCCCGAAGAGUAUCGAGCCUAUUCCUUUUUGAAGCACCGCAACCCAAAACAUCCAUUUGUCCAUCGCAAUGAUGAUUGGUGGGGCACUGGACGGGUGAUCAGAGGAAUUCGCUGUUAUCCGAAUUUCGCAAGAUUUUCUAAGGCACAAGAUCUCGAUGAGCUAGACAAGUUUUGGAAACCCCCGCUGGUAGCGGGCCUUCAGGUCGUUUUUGACAAGAUUUACAACGAAGCUGAGCAAAAGGAGUACCAGCCAGAGGAGUUGUUGGCAGCCAAAUGGAUGGAAAAACGAAAUGUGACAGUUCAUGGCGACUUUGACAUGGAAGAAACUGUUUGCUUGCCGGGAAACAAGAUGCCACGCCGCAAGAGCUUCUUUCCCUCUUCUUCCAGAAAAUCCAUCAUUCCACGCAGAGUUUCGUCUGUGCAGGAGGAGGAUGAAAAGGAAGAGGAUGAGGCCACUUUGAUUGUAAAGGAUAUACCUUCGCAGGUGCCACCUAAGAUACCUGAAUCGCCGUGCGAUCAAAAGGAUGAGCCAAAAAUUAAAAUAUUCGAGGAUUCCGAUUCUCCGCGUGACAAUUUUGCUGUACCGGCCGUUCCUGUUCCGAAAAUAGAGAUCUAUGAAGACUCUGAAGAGCCGCAGCCAACUACAAAAACAAGGCCGUUUUAUGACGGAGAUGAGACCUGCUCCACACAAAUGUUCAACAUGUUCAUAAAGUCGCAGGCAGUAAGCACUCCUAAGGGAACACAGAAACAGGCGCCGUCACGUCAAUUUGGAACCGUGCUCAAAGAACUACCGCUACCAGAGGAGCCUGCUCAUUCCGUCGAAUCUCCAGUGGAGACUCGUUCUCCAACUUUGCGAAAGCAACUAUCUACCAUAUUGGAAACCUCUGAGCACGGCACACAAAGCUUGGCGACUAGCGGCGCCUCCACUAAAUCCACUAUAACCUCCACGUCUUCGCCCGGAUCCAACGCUGUUUCUAAACUUGGCAGCAAGAUUGAAGAGAACACUCCUGGACAAAUGCGUCUGCAGCGCGUGAUAAGUGCUGGGGUAUCAGCAGUCGUUUCGGAGACGGAAAAACAGGGUGGUGACAACUUUUUGCGCCGUGAGUUAUGGGAACCCAAUGCGCCUAGCGUGCCUAUGCUUAAGUCACUGCGCUUCCAAGAGGAUAAGACAGAGACUAUCCCCAGACCUCUUGCUUGCUUUCAGGAAGAUAAAACUGAAACACUCCCACAAAUGCCCAUCGCAUUGCCGGAGAAUUCUAUGCAUAAUGGCUCACUGGGAGCUGAAAAUUGUUUUUCCGCACCGCAACUUCCCACUCUGGAGGAUGAAAGUGAUUUGUGUGGAUUAUUUGGAAAGACACCGCCGAAAACAAAUAUUUUUGGCUCUCCGAAGCGCAAUUUCGAUCCAACUUCACAGCUUUUUAAAUCGACACAGGGCGAUCGGAGCUCCUUUGCAGUGACUGGCAACAAACUGGAGCUGCAGGAUUCCUUUAUGGCCGACCUUUCCUUUGUGCCCGAGACGCAGCCUGAAGCUUUAGCAAAAUCAAGGGCGAUACAAAAGUUUGAUAUUUUUCUGGACGACACACAGCCAAAUUGUAAGCUUCCAAAACCAGUAGCUGUAAUGGGCUCCAGCUUUGCCUUAGACUGCACCCUACCCGAAACGCAGCAGGUGUCAAUUAAGGAGCCAGGGACUCAACAGGAAAAUAUUGGACAGUCCCAUAUGAUUGCCUCGUUUAUGAAAGAUUGCACAGAAAUAGGCAGCUGUCCUUCACAGAUCGCAAGCACAUCGAACAAGAUCAAAUUUUCCAACGAUACCAUGUCAGAAUCGUCAAGGAAAGCCCCUGUGAAUGAAAAUUUCGGCAUUUCAAGACAACCGGACGAAUUUUUUGAGCUUAACGCAGCUACUGAAAUGUUUGCAACCAAUAUCAGUAUGAUAAAAAAUUCCACACUGCUGCCCCCUAACGCAAUGGAAGCAGAGGCGUCGGAACUAAGCAUCUACUAUAAGACAACUCCACUGACGCCGAAGCAAUCGCAUCGUUCCUGGUCGCAGUCUGAUUUAGAAACUCCUCCGCGGGAAAACUUUGUUCACCCCACCUCCAACGGAGAUCAAACUGUUUUGAACGAAACGCUGGCAGACGCUAAUAAAAACCCAUUCAAUGUAGAACUGAUCAGCUCGCUGCUGGAAUCAAUUGACUUUUCUAUGUACAUCGAAAAGCUGCCCCAUUGUCAACUUGUUGGCCACGUUAAGCGCCUACAUCCUAACACCAGCCUGGAAGUGCACAACGAAAAGUUUGAGGUGUCUAAAAUGAUAGGAAAGGGGGCUUAUGGCUCGGUUUAUGUAGGAAAGCAUCUCAAAUCUGGCAAGAAGGUCGCGCUCAAGCAGGAACGGCCCACUAACUACUGGGAGUUCUACAUUUGCCUAGAGAUUCACAGCCGGCUAACUAGUGAGCAAAUGAUUCCAUCCUAUGCACAUAUUGACUAUGCACUGGUAGGAAAUAAUUCCAGUGUAUAUAUAUCAGAGUUUUCAGACUAUGGCUCACUGAUCGGUGUAUGCAACAAGGUUAAGAGUGUUACCAGCAGGAAUCUGGACGAGUAUGUGGUAAUGCAUCUGAGUUGCCAAAUGCUCGAUAUUGUGGAUCACCUGCAUGCCAUGGGUAUAAUCCACGCCGACAUCAAGCCGGAUAACUUUCUACUUAUGAAACCGAUAUGUGCGGAUCCCAACGAAGUCAGCCUGCAGCUUAUUGAUUUCGGUGUGUCUAUUGACAUGAAGCUGUUUCCGGACAAUCAGACAUUCAACUAUGUUCAUCAUGAUGACCUGUUCAAGUGCAUUGAGAUGAGAACGGGACGCCCAUGGACUUACCAGUUAGAUUUAUAUGGUCUGGUAAGCGUUAUGCAUGUGCUGCUCUUCGGCCGCUAUAUGGAAGUAGUGCAGCGGGCUCCGAGCACGAUUUGGAUGCCGAAAACAAACGUGCCACGCUACUUUCAGCGCACAAUGUGGGAAAACAUCUUCCGCACUCUGCUCAACAUUAGAGAUUGUCGCACCAUGCCCAAUCUGCAGCAACUGCGUACGCAGCUCAAAUGUGCGUUGGCCGAAAAGGAAAAAUAUGUUGGCGAGGCAAUCAACAAGUUUAACACGAUAUUGCAGAAGUAAAUAGCUGUCUUUUUGUGCAAACAUAUUAAUAUAAGCACAUUCACAUAACAUACCUUAACACAUUCUUGUUAAAUGGUUAGUGGUUGCUAUAGGUAAUACACUUUUAAACAGUUUUAAAAAUUAAAAUAAAAAGAAAAUGUUUUUAAAAA